AUGGUUCGCCCGGAAGAAUUCAAUAGCUUGGAGCUCGACAAUUCUCUCACCGACGGAGAAACUGUUCACGAAAUGAUGGCUCACAAAGCAGGACUGACCUACAAUGACUUCAACAUUCUUCCUGGAUUCAUCAACUUCGGAGUACACGACGUUUGUUUGGAGACCAAUAUCACGAAAGAUUUGAAAAUCAAAGCUCCACUUGUUUCCUCUCCAAUGGACACUGUUACGGAGAGUGGAAUGGCUAUUGCUAUGGCUCUCUACGGAGGAAUCGGUAUUAUCCAUGGAAACUUCCCAAAACCAGAAGAUCAAGCAGCUGAAGUUUUGAAAGUGAAGAGAUUCAAGCAAGGAUAUGUAAUGCAACCACAUUGUCUCAGUCGUGAUUCAACAGCUUUUGACAUGAUUCAAAUCAAGAAGAAGUAUGGAUACACUGGAGCACCAGUUACCGAAGAUGGUCGUGUUGGUAGUAAACUUAUUGGAAUGGUCACUUCGCGUGAUUUCGAUUUCAUUACAAUGGAUGUUGCCGGCCAGAAAGGUACCCCGAUUUCCGACACGAACGAUGUGACGCCGACCACACCAAUCACAAAGAUUAUGGUCGCAGUCGACCAGCUUCAUUUGGGACACAUCAAUGAUGCUCCGGAGCUUUCUCAAAAGAAACUCAAAGAACACAGACUCGGAAAACUGCCAAUUGUCAAUGACAACGGAGAGCUUUGCGCUCUUCUCUGCAGAUCUGAUUUGCUGAAGGCUCGUGAUUACCCGAUGGCUUCAUAUGACUCGAAGGGUCAAUUGCUUUGCGGAGCUGCUGUCAACACUCGUGGAGAAUCUCAAUACACUGUUGAUCGUAUUGUUGAGGCUGGAGCUGAUGUUCUCGUCAUUGAUUCUUCGAAUGGAUCGUCCACAUAUCAAAUUUCCAUGCUCCGUUACAUCAAGGAAAAGCAUCCACAUGUGCAAGUAAUUGCUGGAAACGUUGUUACUCGUGCUCAGGCUAAAAUGCUCAUUGAUCAAGGAGCCGAUGGUCUUCGCAUUGGAAUGGGAAGUGGAUCGAUUUGCAUCACUCAGGAUGUGAUGGCUGUUGGACGUGCUCAAGGAACUGCUGUUUACGACGUUGCUCGUUACGCCAAUCAACGUGGAAUUCCAAUUGUUGCCGAUGGAGGAAUCCGCGAUGUUGGAUACAUUACAAAGGCAAUCUCUCUUGGAGCAUCGGCUGUAAUGAUGGGUGGACUCCUUGCCGCUACCACUGAGGCACCAGGAGAGUAUUUUUGGGGUCCAGGGGGAGUGAGAGUGAAGAAGUACAGAGGAAUGGGAUCUUUGGACGCAAUGGAAGCUCAUGCUUCCAGCCAAGAUCGCUAUUUCACUGCUGAGUCUGAUCAAAUAAAAGUCGCCCAAGGAGUAUCGGCUACAAUGAAAGAUCGUGGAUCAUGCCACAAGUUCAUCCCAUAUCUUAUUCGUGGAGUUCAACACGGAAUGCAAGAUAUCGGAGUGCGCUCUCUUCGCGAGUUCCGUGAGAAAGUUGACGGAGGAAUCGUCAAGUUUGAGAGACGUUCUACGAACGCCCAGUUGGAAGGCGGUGUUCAUUCAUUGCACUCGUUCGAAAAGCGUCUCUACUAA